AUGCGAAGAGGAGCAUAUCGAGACAGUGGUCCGAUUGGACUGUCGCAAUUCGAUGAUACGAUUAUUACGAAUCACAGUCAACAUCUUAACGAGGAACCGUCAUCUCCGAAAGAUUAUAAUCUAAAUUACAGAUGUAUAAAUUUUAUGGAGGGUAAUUAUAAAUCUCAAGGAACGGUCGGCAGCGGUGUCUCAGCUGUUGAAGGAGCGCGCGUCACGGAACAAGUAAUCGGUGCGGUAGCGGGUGCGGGCCGGCCUAGUAUUGCAUCAUCGCCGACGCCCGCGCCGACCGAGCCACGAGCCAGCCCGCCAGCCAGCUCGGGGGCAGCGUCGAAACAUGCAGCGGGUGCAAUUGCGCGGUCUUUCGCCGAGGUAGCGAGCGCGGAGGGGAAGUGGAGUGUGCCAGUUGUGCGUUACACAACUUUCGAAAAAAGUCAAGUUCAAAAGUCGAAAAUUUAUUGGACCCCUUCAAGUGCUGACUAUGAAGACUUACAACAUCAAAUAUUUAGACCUGGAGAAUGGCGACAACAAGGUACCCUAACCCCUCUCCAUCGAACUGGUGAAAGGAAUACUUACGAGGGGCAGGAAGUGAGAAAAACCUUAAUGGAUUAUUUUAAUACAACUGGCAAAGUAUGCUUUCAAGACAAAAUGGUUGAAAUAGUUAUGGAAAGAAGAGAAUAA